GAGGCUGACGCGGCUGUGCGUCUGGAGAGAGGCAAGCGCGGGGCGAGUUCAGUCUGGAUCCACGCACCAUCGCAUCCCCACGCGUUCCACAAAGCUUCCCACGCCAAUCGGACACCACGCACGGACCAUGGACCGAGCUCACCGCUUCGGCGCACCGAGCGUCGGUUGAGCGCGUUUUCUCCCGGACCGCGCGCGGUGACCGAGUCAUGUCGGAGCCAGAGAGAUGGGGAAGUUUGAUGACAACGAGAGGAUAAUCCUCAACGUCGGAGGCACGAGACACGAGACAUACAAGAGCACCCUGAAGACACUCCCGGGCACGCGCCUGGCCUUGCUUGCCUCGGACUCGGACCUGGACUCGGUUCUGGAUCAGCUGCAACAAGUCCCGGGCUUUAUCGAGUAUAACGCGCGCACCAACGAGUACUUCUUUGACCGCCACCCUGGCGUCUUCGCCUAUGUGCUCAACUACUACCGCACUGGGAAACUGCACUGCCCCGCGGACGUGUGCGGCCCGUUGUUUGAGGAGGAGCUGUCCUUUUGGGGCAUCGAUGAGACGGAUGUGGAGCCGUGCUGCUGGAUGACGUACCGGCAGCACCGCGACGCGGAAGAGGCGCUGGACGUGUUCGAGCUGAACGUGGAUAACGGCGAGGAGGACGACGACAUCGGGAAACGGCUGGGCAUCGAGGACGUGGCAGCGGACGGCAGCGUGAGCCAGUGGCGCAAGUGGCAGCCCGUUAUCUGGAACCUGUUUGAGGAUCCGUACUCCUCCCGCGCGGCACGGUUCGUUGCAUUCGCCUCUCUUUUCUUCAUCCUGGUCUCCAUCACCACCUUCUGUCUGGAGACGCACGAAGCCUUCAACACCAUCAUCAACAAAACUGAACUGCUCCUCAAUGCCAGUAUCCCUGACUCUGGGCCUCAGUAUGAGUUCGAGAUCGAGACCGACCCUGCGCUGACCUACGUGGAAGGAGUUUGUGUCUUCUGGUUCACUAUUGAAUUCCUUGUCCGAGUGACGUUUUGCCCAUGCAAGCUGGAGUUUGUCAAAAACGCCUUGAACAUUAUUGAUUUUGUGGCGAUUUUACCAUUUUACUUGGAGGUAGGAUUGAGCGGAUUGUCGUCUAAAGCUGCUAAAGAUGUGCUGGGUUUCCUCAGGGUGGUACGCUUUGUUCGUAUCCUUCGCAUUUUCAAGCUAACUCGCCAUUUUGUUGGACUCCGGGUGUUGGGGCACACAUUACGAGCUAGCACGAAUGAAUUCUUGCUACUAAUAAUUUUCUUAGCCUUAGGAGUGCUAAUUUUUGCCACAAUGAUCUACUAUGCGGAGAGGAUAGGAGCAAAGCCCAACGACCCAACUGCCAGUCUUCACACGAAAUUCAAAAACAUUCCGAUUGGGUUUUGGUGGGCUGUUGUUACCAUGACGACGCUGGGGUACGGUGACAUGUAUCCAGAGACGUGGUCGGGUAUGGUGGUGGGCGCACUCUGUGCCUUGGCUGGUGUGUUGACUAUAGCCAUGCCCGUGCCAGUCAUUGUGAAUAACUUUGGGAUGUAUUAUUCAUUGGCAAUGGCGAAACAGAAGUUGCCGAAGAAGCGUAAGAAGCACAUUCCGCAGGUGCAGGGCGGCUCUCCGUCCUACUGCAAAGCUGAGCUCAACCUGACCUGCAACAGCACCCAGGGCGACCUCUGCCACAUGAAGGGCAGCCGCAUCCUCGACUGCAACCGUUCAGUGCUGUCUGGAGACUGCAGUGGGGGCAGUGACCUCACCAUGUCGUCAGAGGAGAGGGACUCCAUGAGGCGCUCGAGUACCCGAGAACAAGAGCUCCGAGGGGGGACGUGCUUCCUACUUGCUGCCAGGGACUACUGCCCUGCCGACGGAGGACUGAGGAAAACAGACUAUUCCUUUCCUCUCUGAACGCGGCCAUGUUCUUCAGCGUGAGGAAGAGGAGGAGGAGAAGGAGGAGGAGCACUAUGGAGCCAUAUGUCCUUCUGCCUGGACCUAACACGGACGCACUGCCGGCACUGACUGAGCCAAUCAGAGCAUAGAACUUAAAACUCAACCAAUUCAAUUGCAGCACUGAUCUUUUCCUCAACUCCGCUGUUUUGGGGAUACGAAAGCCUACAUGGACUAAACAGUGUAAAUAUUCAACACAAGCACAUCUGUGGGGCUCAUCCAGUCAUUGUCUUUCUAGAAUUAGGUUCACUAGUACACUGC